UGGGCGCGCUACGGCUACAGGGACACCACUCGCCGCUCUGUGCUCUGCGCUCUGUGCGUUGCUUGUGCUUCUUCGCUCGUCGGUCAUGGUGAGAAUCAUAAAUGGGGAAAUCGUCAGCGACGAUGACCCUCGAGUCGCCGGACCGCAGCGGCGAGGAGGAGGGGGAGGCGGAGGAGGCGGGGGACAAGGAAGGGCAGGGUACGGCCACGUUGCGUCCCUCCUUGACCCGCCAUCUACUGCAGAAGCAACCGGCGGGGGUGCAAGGGGACCAGCAGCUGGGGGAAGAGGAGCAGGAGCGUCGACGGGACCCCUGGACAAACUGGCGGAGAUGAUAGGAGUUCAGGGGCGAACCGUGACCAUCCCCGGCGCACUGGGCGUACAGGAGCAACAGGUCCCCUUCGUCUAUCUCAUGAUUGCUGCGUUGGUGGUGCUUUUCGGGGGCUGGAAGGUGGCGGCACUUAUCGUGUUCGCCUACGUCCUCAUCAACCAAAAGCCCCGGGGCCGGUAGCGGGAGCCUAGGCCACCUCCCAUAUACUGUACCGCACGGACCUCGAGCAGCCACAAGACCCUGAGACAGGAAGGGGGAGAGAGAGAACGAGAGGGAAGUCUCCGAUUUUUUUUCUAUACCAUGUCGAUUUUUGUGCAACUUUCUAGGGGCUGACCAGCUUGUUCCGUGUUGUUUUUGAGUUUGUUGUCGAGAAGGUUUACGCUCGAAAGGGUCAACUACGUUGCUAGGUCAUGCUACCUUUAUUGGCUCGUCAUUUGUACCGUGUUUUGUUGGUUGUUGGUUG